GGGAAUUGUACUUUUUUCCACGAUCGGCCAGGAAGAAGGACAUCUGUUCCUUUUACGAAUCAGUUUUGAAGGAUUAUACAAGUAAAGGAUAAAGAAAACAUAAAAAAUGACCGAGGCACAGGCUACGAUUAAGUCAAACAAUCUGACCCCUGAUGUCUUAGAGGCGGCGAGCAUUCUGGUCGCCAUGAAACGUGGCAUGCGAUAUUUCCUCUUAGAAGCACAACAAGCUCGUCAUCACCUCUCUUACCUAGAUUUCGCUGCUCUCAAUCCUGGAUCUGCUCAAGUUCAUUUUCUUGCAGGUCACAGGAUUCCUUUUUCACCCCUCUAUGACAUCACUCCUAUGCCAGCUGCUUACCAUUUUCCUUUAGCGCAGCCAGUUGCGUAUUAUGGGAUGUUGGCCUCACCCUCGUGUUAUGUAGGGCUGUCUAGGGAGCGCGGAGCAUCCACCGAGGGGGUAGUGGACAGUGAAAUUACUCAGUCAGCGCCAAAGAGGAUGCGGUUGUCCACGGUAUCUACAAGUUCGCCUGAAGGCGCAGCCAACGAUAAGCAAGAGUCGAAGAGCAAAAGAAAAAACUACACCAAAGAACAACUUGAGAUUCUUGAAAACGCGUACGCCGAAAUGAAAUACCCACACAUAGAAGAACGAUUAAAGUUGGAGAAAGUUACGAAACUAACCGAGGAUCGAAUACAAGUUUGGUUCCAAAAUCGACGCGCGAAAGACCGUAAAAGAACUGAGCCCGAGAAAUGCCAAAGAUACUUUGAGAACACUCAAAAGUUGACUGGCGAAAGUCAAAAAAAUGGCGCCGGAGAAAGAAGUCCGAGCGAAAGUCCAAUUCAAGGCGCUCAGAUUAAACAAAGACAAAAUAGUGGUAGCGAUACAAGUGAUAAUGCAUCUGGAGAAUUUGACAAUUUUCCUUUUAGCGGAUCUCAAACAGAAUGACUUGUUUUCAAAAUAUAUUUUUUCACAACAUGAAUACUAUGCUUAAGAUAAUUAUCGUACGUUAAGAAUUUAAUUCGUACGGAGCGCGUGAAUCUCAUUACAGAUUAGUAGU